AGUAUUUGGUUUGCGAGGCAAAUACUAUAUAAGUGGCUGGAAUUCUGACCUUUUCAGCACUUCUCUCUUUGCAAGCAACCUCCUUAGGAAUAAGGGCUUCGGUUAUAACACAUCACCAUUUAUUUUGGAUCAAAUAUUUUCAGACGUAAUUUAUGAGAAAUAUCUUAUUAUGACGUCAUUAGAAGUAUUCAUCCUUCUGUUCCUAUCCUGCAUGAUAGAGAGGUCGAUCUCUCUGUCGUGUCCCUGUUGGUCUCACGAUGCCAACCCGUCAAACCCGCUGUCCUACCGGGAGACGUAUUGCAAUGACCUCGACCUUACGUGCCCUUCCGGGUCAGAGGUCAUCAGCGACCACUGCGGAUGCUGCAAAGUUUGCUCUCAUGUUGAGGAUGAAGAAUGCGGAGGCCCUUGGAACGUACUUGGACGUUGCGCCAAAGAUUUUGAAUGCAUCGACCCCAAGACGAAAGGUCCCCUCAAGGGUUCCUUCCUCGGCAACAUCCCUAUGGGUACCUGCAGGAGAAUCAAACGACCUGACGCCGAACACACGCCCUCUACGCCGGUCCCACGCCGCUCCAAGCCUGUCUAUCCUCCAGGAUUCUCCUUAAUGGAUUUCUUUGGACCGUUCGGUCCUCAACGGCCAGUCAACCAAGAAAAGCCAGUGCGCAAGAACAAGGAGAUCAAGAAGAACAAGAAGGAUAAGAAGGACAAGAAGGACAAGAAGCUGAAUAAAGAUUUAAGGAAGAAGAGCAAGAAGGAGAAGAAGGAAAGGAGAGAAAGGAAGAUGAAGGAGGAAAGAAGGGAGGAUAGGCGAAAAAUCAGCGAUGAAGUUAGCAAUGAAAUCCCAAAGUACUUCUAAAGACGUGUGUUUGUUGGACAGAUAAUUCGUCAAGCAGGGUAUAUAGUACCAGCCUUCAGAGUAUUCCAAUAUUAACCUGAAUCUAUUAUUGCGUUUAACGCAAGUAAGUAAUGACUAUUGCACACAAGGCGUCGGUCCGAAACGCCAUUUGAUUUUUUUUUCACCUGAAAAGAAUUCUUGAGCUACUUUAGCAGCGAAAAGAAGAAACUUGAUGACUACUUCACGGCGGGGCACACUGAUGUUAUACAUUGUUAUGUGUAUUUAUGCUGGUGUUACGUCGAUUUGCAGACAACUAUAUUUCGAAUCUUGCGCUAGGCUGCCGCACACUGCUUCGAAGGUCUUGCGUCUUUGCGUUUGAAUGGGGCAAUGGAAGACGCCUGGCGUACAGCUGGCAUAACAGCUUUGUGCUUUUUGAUAUUAUUAUUGAACCUCGACAGUACCAUGAGAAGAUUUGCUUUUGAAUUCCAGACGGUUUGACUCGGUAUCCCAUACCUCUGUUACUGCAGAAUUGUCAGUCGAUCUACAGUCUACGAGACCGACCUCGACCCUUGAGUGUGAUAGUGUCGGUCUCAGAAUGACCGACGAACGAGACUGAAACGCAACGAAAUUGAGAUGUACCCAUAUGUCGUGCUCUCCUGAGGUUUCAAGAGAUCAAUAUAAAAGAGACCAACAUUGUUGGUUUUGUUGGCUGUCGGAAUAGGGACUGGGAUAUCCCUUCGAGGGACAUUGGUUAAAAAAGGCAAGCUGGUCGCUGGAAUAGGAACAUAAGAAUUAAAGAUAAAGUUGAGUUCUGGUCAUGCGAUUGCAUUGUGAAAGAAACGGUGUGGAAUCGAUCAGAAAAGGUCGA